CUCAAGACCAUGGAGGCACCGAGAAAUCACGGCGCGCCAUGCUUGCUCCUUGUUCUGUUGGUACUAGCUGCCCAGUGGUGCAGCGUCUCGACGGCGAGCUGCAGCUUCACCAUAUCCAACUACUGCACCCACACCAUCUGGCCGGGGACGAUGGCCGGCGCGGGCACGCCGCAGCUGCCCACGACGGGGUUCAGGCUCGACCCGGGGCAGACCGUGCGGAUCCCGGCGCCGGCUGGUUGGUCCGGCCGGAUAUGGGCGCGCACGGGGUGCAACUUCAGCACCGACGGCUCAGGCGCGGCCGCCGGCGCGGUCGCGUGCCAGACCGGCGACUGCGGUGGUGGACACAUGGAGUGCGGCGGCACGGGCGGGAAGCCGCCAGCGACGCUCUUCGAGAUCACGCUGGGGAAGGGCGGCCCCGCCGACCAGGACUUCUAUGACGUGAGCCUCGUCGACGGGUACAACCUGCCCGUCGUCGCCGUCCCGCGGGCGCGGCAGGGCAGCUGCAAUGCCACCGGCUGCGCCGCCGACCUCAACCUCUCAUGUCCCAAGGAGCUGCAGGUGGCCGGCGGCAAUGGUGGCGGCGCAGUGGCAUGCCAGAGCGCGUGCGAGGCGUUCACGCAGGACAAGUACUGCUGCAGCGGCGCCUACGCGACGCCGGACACGUGCAGCCCGACAGCCUACUCCUCCGUCUUCAAGUCGGCGUGCCCGCGGGCCUACAGCUACGCCUACGACGACGGUAGCAGCCUCUUCACCUGCAACGCCGUCGACUACACCAUCGCUUUCUGCCUCCCUCCAGCCGGGUUGAACAUGCCUGCUGAUGCUAACAGUGCUCCUCCUGCUGACAACAAUGGUGGUGGAAGCGCCUACGUGCCGCCCACGACAGGCAACAGCGGUGCUGGAAGCAUCUACCAGCCAACCCCUGCAGGUAACAAUGGUGCUGGCAGUGCCUACCAGCCACCUCCAACAGGCAACAAUGGCGUCGGAAGUGCCUACCAGACACCUCCGACUGGCACCAAUGGCAUCGGAAGCACCUACGAGACACCCUUGGCUAGCAGCAAUGGCGUCGGAAGUGCCUUCCAGCCGCCCCUGACGGGCGACGACAAUGGCGUGAGAAGCGCCUACCAGCCGGGGAUGAUCCAGUCGGCGGCGAGCACGCGAUACGGUCAGCUAUGGUUUCUGCUACCCGCAGCGCUCUUGUUCCUUAAAUGAUCAUUCUCCAUGAAAGGCCAGCCAGUGUUUCAUGUCGAGCCGGCCUUCGAGCUUUCGAAUACGUGAGGGAUCGGAUGAUCUUAGGCGUGGAAGGAAGAAGAGGCUCGAAGCAGAGUACAUCCAAGCAUAGAUCUUGUAGGAGUUUCUGACAGAUUCACAGUAGUUGCAACUUGAAACCCUCCUGUAUUCAGUAACUAGAUGGUACUGGUGGUGCAAAUAGGGGGAGAUGUAAAUAUUGGCUUCUUUCAUGCAGGCCAACAAUGAAAUCUACUAGUACAAAUUGUAUACUCAUUAAUUCCAUUAUUAAUAAGGAAAAGUAUGCUCUGUUUUUACGAUUCA